AUGUUUGCAGCACGAAGACUGAUUGCAAGGCCUUUUAUGCGCGUUGCUACGCGCCAUAUUCACGCGACAUGCCCGCGUUUCGCCGCCGCGAGCCCUCCCAAUAUGCCGGAAAUGAUGAUGAAUGACCCCAAGGUUCGGGAGACGUUUGAGAAGCUGAGCCGACAUCCUCCGGCCAUUGCAGCCAUGCAGAAAGUUGGUGAUAUCAUCAAGGGAAAGGGAUUCGACGCUACCAAGCCUCCAAGCAAGAUGGAUAUGAUGCGGCUCAUGAUGGACAAGCAGUUUCAAGAGGCGGCUCAAACAUUGUACGAUGAGAUGCAAAACGCAGGCAUUGAGAUGGACUCCGACGUUGGUUCUACCCUCCCUCACUACCUGUCUUCAUUGUACUGA